AUGGGUAGGAAAAAGUUAUAUCUUUUUACCAUAUUAUUUAUUAUAAUAAAAUUAAUAAUUUGUGAUGAAACUGAUUCAGAAGUAGAAAAGAAAACUAAAAAAAAACAACCAGUAAUUUUAUUGAGUGAAACUUUUAUAGCAGAACAUAGAGCAAGUAAAGAAUCUCCUUCUUUACAUGAUAUAACAGAAAAAGAUAUUACUAAUAAAGGAAUUUAUAUUGAAAAUGAUGUGCCAAAAUUUGUAAAAAAAUAUAUAGCAAAUCCAAUUUAUCGGGAAUUAUCUAUAGAAAAUAUUACUUUUGAUGAUGUUGAUAAAAAAAUAGUUGAAGAAAGUGAAAGUAUUUAUAAUGAAGCUAUUGAUAUAUUAACAGAAAAUGAAUAUUUGGAAUGGUAUCAAAAAAAAUCUGCUUAUGAUUUGUUAGUUAAAGCAGCUGAAAUGAAUCAUUCUGAAGCUAUGAAAAUUUUAGCUUAUGGUUAUUUAAAUAAACUUGCUGAAUAUGGAUCUUCAGAUGCUAAUAUGUUAUUAGGUUUUAUUUAUAGUACAGGUUUAGGAAUAAAAGAUCGUGAUCCAAGAAAAGCUAUUGUUUAUUAUAGUGUAGCUGGAUUGUAUUCAAAUACUCUUGCACAAAUGGCAUUAGGUUACAGAUACCUAUAUGGGAUUAAUGUAGAAAAAAGUUGCCCAACAUCUUUAGAUUAUUAUAAAAAAGUUGCUGAAAAAGUUAUAUCAAGUUUAAAAAUUACUGGUGGACAAGCUAUUACAAGAUAUAAAUUGACUGAAGAUGUAGAACCUUCAUCAGCUCAUUCAUCUUUAUCAGGACCAAUAGAUAAAAAUUUAUUAGAAUAUUAUAUUCUUAUGGCUGAGAAAGGUGAUACACAAGCAUGUAUAGGUCUUGGUGCUCUUUAUCUUAAUGGUGCUAGAGGUGUUAAUCCAAGUUAUGAAAAUGCAUUUCAUUAUUAUUCUAUAGCUGCAAAAGAUGGUAGUCCAACAGCAUUAGGUUAUUUAGGUAAAAUGUAUUUAGAAGGUACUAGAGUAACACCACAAGAUAAUUUAACAGCUUUUAAUUAUUUUAAAAAAUCUGCUGAAAAAGGUAGUCCUGUUGGACAAACUGGACUUGGAUAUAUGUAUCUUUUUGGUAGAGGUGUUGAAGUUAAUUAUACCAAGGCAUAUAAAUCAUUCUUAUUAGCUACAGAACAGACUCAUCCUGAGGGACAAUUAUAUGUUGGAUAUAUGCAUUUCAAAGGUCUUGGUGUUAAAAGAGAUUUUGCUUUAGCUUUAAAAUAUCUUCAAGCUGCAGCUCAAGGUGGUAGUAUAAGUGCCUUUUAUUGGCUUGGACAUAUGUAUGCUAAAGGACUUGGUGUAUUUAGUAACUGUGAGACUGCUGUAGGAUUUUAUAAAACUGUUGCAGAAAGAGGAAAAUGGGGUGUUCCAUUUAUGCAAGCAUACACAAAUUACAAAAAUGGAAAAACAAGAGAAGCUUUAUUACAAUAUUUAUUAUUUGCAGAUUUAGGUUAUGAAGUUGCACAAAGUAAUUUUGCACAUAUUCUUGAAAAAACAACUGAAAAUUUUGAAUUUUUUAAUGAUGCAAAUACUAAAGAAAUUGCAUUUACUUUUUGGAGGAGGUCUGCUGAACAGAAUAAUCCUAUAUCAAGAAUUAAGGUAGGAGAUUACUUAUAUUAUGGUAUAGGAACAGAUAAAGAUUAUAAAGAAGCCGCUGAACAAUAUAAAUUAGCAGCAGAUAAGUUUGCAAAUUCUCAAGCUUUAUUUAAUUUGGGAUAUAUGUAUGAACAUGGAUUAGGAUUACCAAAAGAUCUUCAUCUAGCAAAAAGGUUGUAUGAUCAAGCAGUGGAAAUGAAUCCUGAAGCUUUUGUUCCAGUAACAAUAGCUUUAUUUAAAUUAAAAUUAAUUUUUUUUUUACGUUCUCUUAAUAUAUUGGGUUGA